AUGUCUCACAUUGAUAGGAUAUCAGUGUUGAGUAAUCACCUGUUGUCAUCAGACCAGGAUGAAGAUGAUGAUAAUAAUGUUGUACAUCAUAACAAUGUAAAUGCUCCUAUUGUUGCAGAUGCUGUUGCAAAGAAUACCAAUACAAAUGCUACAUUGACCAUUACAGAUAAUAGAACUGGAAAGAAGUAUAAUGUACCAAUCAAAGACAACUGCUGUGUCAAUGCUUUGGAGUUUAAGAAGAUAUCAGAGGUGUCAGGUGACAAUGGUUUAAUGUUGUAUGAUCCAGCAUUCCAAAACACUGCUGUUGUUACAUCAUGUAUUACUUAUAUUGAUGGAGACAAGGGAAUACUUAGGUAUAGAGGAUAUCCCAUUGAGGAGUUGGCGGAGAGGUCCAACUUCCUGGAGGUGGCCUUUUUGCUGCUCAAUGGAAGUCUGCCAAACAAGUCACAGUUGGACAGCUGGUCACACAAGGUCAUGACGCACACCUUCCUCCACGAGAACUUGGUGGGCAUGAUGAAGACCUUCCGGUAUGACGCUCAUCCGAUGGGCAUGCUCAUCAGCACCGUGGCCGCACUGGGCACUUUCUAUCCGGAAGCCAACCCGGCGUUGGCCGGCCAGGACAUCUUCAAGUCCGAGACUGUGAGGAACAAGCAAAUACUUAGGAUCAUUGGCAAGCUCCCCACUAUUGCUGCAUGCGCUUGGAGACAUCGUAUCGGUCGUCCUUAUAACACGCCAGUCAAUCAUCUUGGCUACACUGAGAACUUCCUCUACAUGCUGGACAAGUUGUCCGAGCAGGACUACAAGCCCAACCCAGUCCUAUGUCGCGCGCUUGAGAUCCUGUUCAUCCUGCAUGCCGACCAUGAACUAAACUGCUCUACAGCCACAAUGCGCCACAUUGCCUCGUCCAACACUGAUCCAUACACAGCAGUGUCUGGCGCGGCGGGCGCCCUGUACGGCCCACUGCACGGUGGUGCCAACGAGGCUGUGCUGCUAAUGCUCCAGGCUAUCGGCACCAAGGACAAUGUCAAGCAGUUCAUCGCCGAUGUCAAGUCCAAGAAGAAGAAGCUCAUGGGCUUUGGCCAUCGUAUCUACAAGAACUACGACCCUCGCGCCAAGAUCAUUCGAAGGGUGGCCUAUGAAGUGUUUGACAGUCUUGGCAAGGAGCCACUGAUUGAGGUGGCCACAGAGCUAGAGAAGCAGGCUCUCAACGAUGAGUAUUUUAUCGCCAGGAAGCUCUAUCCCAACGUGGACUUCUACUCUGGUCUAAUCUACAAGGCCAUGGGAUUCCCAACAGAUAUGUUCCCUGUGCUAUUCACUAUUCCAAGAGCAGUUGGAUGGUUAUCUCAUUGGAUCGAGCAUUGUGAGGACCCAGAGACAAAGAUUUAUCGUCCACGCCAAGUGUACAAGGGCGAAUGGUUCAGGAACUAUGUGCCAAUUGAAGGUCGUCCACCUGCCAAGGUCAAGUCACAAGAGUUCUACUCAUCCUCCACAACCAAGAGGUAUUCCAAGGUGACUGCCACCCAAAUGUAA